AUGGGUAACACCAGCAGCUCAUCAGCGCUGCAAAGUUGCUUGAAAAACGUCUGCGCCGGCCAGCAGAAUUGUGUAGCCUUCCCCACGAACCCGGUCCUUACGUACCACUUGGAAUGGAUGAAGCCGUACAAUCUGAAUAAGAUUCCGACGCCAGUGGCGGUGACCCGUCCCAUGACGGCGGAACAGAUCGCGGGGGUCGUGAAGUGCGCCGUGGCCUCCAAGGUCAAGGUACAACCGAGAUCAGGAGGGCAUUCCUAUGGGAACUAUGGCCUUGGCGGUGACGACGGUGCCGUGGUCGUCGACCUCGUGAACUUCCAACAGUUCAGCAUGGACGAGAAGUACCAAGCGACCAUUGGCGCGGGAACGUUACUAGGCGACGUCACGAAGAAGCUUCAUGAGAACGGAGGACGAGCUAUGGCCCAUGGGACCUGUCCGCAAGUCGGGAUAGGCGGCCACGCAACCAUUGGGGGUCUUGGACCGCCGUCGAGGAUGUGGGGUACGUCACUGGACCAUGUGGUGGAUGUCACGGUUGUCACAGCGAAAGGUGACAUCGUCAAAGCUAGUGAGUCAGAGAACUCGGACUUAUUCUUCGCACUGAAAGGAGCGGGGGCUAGUUUCGGUAUCAUUACCGAAUUCAGAGUCCGAACUCACCCUGAACCCAGAAAUGUGGUAGAGUAUACAUAUGACUUCACUUUUGGAAAGCAUGAAGACAUGGCGUCCACGUUCGAGGUCUGGCAGACUCUUAUAUCCGAUCCGAAUCUAGAUCGCCGCUUUGCAUCGCAGUUCAUCCUGCACGAAUUGGGUGCAGUUGUCCUUACAGUCUUCUACGGCACCGAAGGAGAAUACGAAGCGACGGGUAUUCCAGCACGGCUCCCGAAAGGAGGCAAACUGGCGUUCGCCAUGGAGGACUGGCUCGGAUCCGUGGGUCAUGCGGCCGAAGUCGUCGGUUUGCAAGCCGUCGGAGGUGUCCCUAUCCCCUUCUACACGAAGACUCUCGCGUUCCGGAAAGAAGACUUGAUCCCACGGUCGGGGAUCACCGAGCUCUUCAAACACUUCGGGAAGGACAAAGGGACCAUAAUAUGGUUCACGAUCUUCGAUCUCGCGGGUGGCGCAGUCAGCGAUGUGCCGCAGGAUAAGACCGCUUAUGCGCAUCGAGACAAGCUGUUCUUCGUUCAGUCGUACGGUGUUGGGAUACCGACGGUCAGUCAGAAGACGAAGGACUGGUUGAAUGGUGUUAAUACUAUAAUUCGUGACGCUUUGCCGAAUGCGCCGUUCGGUGCUUAUCCCGGGUACGUGGAGCCUGAUCUGGCAGAUGGUCAGGAGCAAUAUUGGGGUGCGAAUCUCCCUCGAUUGAAGGAUAUUAAGAAGAUGUGGGAUCCGAAGGACGUCUUCCACAACCCUCAAAGUGUGCCACCAGCCAAAUAA